CUCUCAGAAGGCUGCCCGUGGCUCAGGUCAACACUGCAGGCUGCCAGGAGGGGUCAAUGACCCAACGGCCUUCCCCUGGCUCCUUCUGCGGACCUGGGCCCAAUGAGGGGCUGGGGAGGUGGCUCCGAGCCGAGGCCCCUGCCCAGCUGGACCGUGACCUCCCAGUCUCUGCCUGGCCUCCUCGCAGAGCUGGCCUCCGCCUCAGUCUGCGCCAGCAUGUCCAGCCUCCAGGCACUGUGCUCCGGCCUGCCCCUUCGGCCCCUUCCGGAGAACCGGGGACGCUGGGCCGGGGUGCCCCAUGCGCCCGUCAGGACCCCCAGCCUCAGCCCCGCCGAGGAGCAGCUGGCACUGAGGAACGCCCUGCGCUACUUCCCCCCGGAUGUCCAUGAACUACUGGCCCCUGAGUUUGCCCAGGAGCUGCGACUAUACGGGCAUAUCUACAUGUACCGGUUCUGCCCCGAUGUGAAAAUGAGGGCCUACCCAAUCGAGCAGUACCCCUGCCAGACAAGAGCCGCUGCAGCCAUCAUGCACAUGAUUAUGAACAACCUGGAUCCUGCCGUGGCCCAGUUUCCGCAGGAGCUCGUGACCUAUGGAGGAAAUGGGCAGGUGUUCAGCAACUGGGCUCAGUUCUGGCUUGUGAUGUCCUACUUGUCGCAGAUGACAGAGGAGCAGACCCUGGUCAUGUAUAGUGGACACCCACUGGGCCUCUUCCCGAGCAGCCCCGGGGCCCCCAGGCUGGUCAUCACCAAUGGGAUGGUGAUUCCCAACUACUCCUCCAGAGCCGAGUAUGAGAAGCUCUUUGCCAUGGGAGUUACAAUGUACGGCCAGAUGACAGCAGGCAGCUACUGCUACAUUGGUCCCCAGGGAAUCGUCCAUGGCACAGUGCUCACCUUGUUGAAUGCCGGCAGACGGUACCUGGGUGUCAAGGAUCUCACUGGGAAGGUCUUCGUCACCUCUGGGCUGGGCGGAAUGAGUGGUGCUCAGGCCAAAGCCGCGGUCAUCGUGGGGUGCAUCGGUGUGAUAGCAGAGGUGGAUAAAGCCGCCCUCAUGAAACGCCACGAGCAAGGAUGGCUGAUGGAAGUAACGGACAGCUUGGACCACUGCAUUGAGAGACUCAGAGAAGCAAGAAAAAGGAAGGAGGUGCUCAGCCUUGGUUACCAUGGCAAUGUGGUGGAUCUUUGGGAGCGCCUAGUCCAUGAAUUGGCCACCACGGGGGAGCUCUUGGUGAACCUUGGAUCAGACCAGACAUCCUGCCACAACCCAUUCAAUGGUGGUUACUACCCUGUGCAGCUGGGCUUCACAGAGGCCCAGAGCCUCAUGGCCUCCGACCCUGCUGCAUUCAAACACCUAGUCCAGGAAAGCCUGAGGAGGCAAGUCUCAGCCAUCAACAGACUGGCCAAGGAGAACUUCUUCUUUUGGGACUACGGCAAUGCCUUCCUCUUGGAAGCCCAAAGAGCAGGAGCUGACGUGGAGAAGAAAGGCACCAACAAGACAGGAUUCCGCUACCCCUCCUACGUGCAGCACAUCAUGGGGGACAUAUUCUCCCUGGGAUUUGGGCCUUUCCGCUGGGUCUGCACAUCAGGGGACCCCCAGGACCUGGCAGUGACAGACCAGCUGGCCGCGUCUGUGCUGGAGGGGGUGGUCGCCGAUGGAGUGAACCCAGGCGUGAAGCUGCAGUAUGCAGACAACAUCCGCUGGAUCCGGGAAGCCGCCAAGCACCGGCUGGUGGUGGGGUCCCAGGCAAGGAUAUUGUACUCAGACCAAAAAGGCCGUGUGGCCAUCGCUGUGGCCUUCAACCAAGCCAUCGCUCGUGGGAAGAUCAAGGCACCAGUGGUCCUGAGCCGAGACCACCAUGACGUGAGUGGCACAGACAGCCCCUUUAGGGAGACCUCCAACAUUUAUGAUGGCUCUGCCUUCUGUGCAGACAUGGCUGUGCAGAACUUCGUGGGAGAUGCCUUUCGAGGUGCCACCUGGGUCGCUCUUCAUAAUGGCGGGGGUGUCGGCUGGGGGGAGGUGAUCAAUGGAGGAUUUGGCCUUGUGUUGGACGGGACCCAGGAGGCUGAGCAGAAGGCCAAAAUGAUGCUCAGCUGGGAUGUCUCCAAUGGAGUGGCUCGGCGCUGUUGGGCUGGGAACCAGAAGGCCUACGAGAUCAUCCGCCAGACGAUGCAGGAUGAUGAGGGCCUGGUGGUGACCCUCCCGCAUGAGGUGGCAGAUGAGCGUGUGCUCUCACAGGCCCUGCGGCCCUGAGAUCCUUGGAUCCCUUGUCCCCCCUUCAUCCCUAUCCCCACCUCACAGCCACACCGCACCUGUCACUAUACACCCUGGUCUCCUGGCUUCAUGGUUUCACACAUGAGCCCUCAUCUGGCCUCACAACACCCUGGAGGGUGUGCCGCUACCAUGGGCAUUUUAUUUUACAAACGAGCCAGCAGAGACCAGAAGAGAUGGGACCGUUUGUCUGUGACCUCUGGGAACCCUGGAGGGGCAGCGAAAGUCUUAUCCAGGCCCAAAUCCUCCAGCCCACCACAGAGUUGACUCCAGGAUCUUCUGGGGCGGGGGGGUGCAUGCCCCAAAUACUGGGCAUCAAUCAAGUCCCUUCAAAGCCCCUGCCAUUCCUUCUCCCACCAGGGGAGCAGGGUUUCCUUUGGCCUGGUUUUUAUCAACCACUCUGCCUCCUGUCUGCCUUCCAACCACACAUACAGUUGCUUUUCGGUCUGCUGGCCUGUCUAGCUGUCACGUUCUUUCUGGACCUUGGUGCCUCCAGCUGUGAACCCAAGGAACAUGGCUAAGCCCUGGGCUCAGAGUGCCCAGGGAGGAAGACAGGGAUUAGGAAAUAAAGGAUUAGGAAAGAAAGGAAAGAAGCCAUGGAAGGUUCAUGGGCAGGGUGGCCAUGGAUGGGGGUGGGGCUCUGCACUAUAGACUCCAUGGUACUUUGUGGGGGCGGGGUGGGGGGAGGAGAGAGGAGGGGCACCCCCAUGGCUGGCACAGCAAGAAGCUCAAGAAAAUGCAGCUCAGUCCCUUCAGAGGGAGUGCCUUCCGGACUCUGCUUGGGACCAGGUGUCCUGCAGGAGUCCUACUGGGCCUGAGGCUGCGUUCUCGCACCCCUCCCUCAGAUCCCUGACUCUGGUACUGGCUGGAUCCAUAGCCCAGUCUCAGAUGCAAAGCCCCCAAGCUAAGGGAAUUAUGUGGUCAUGCUUUUCCAGACCUUCCUUUUGGUAGACACCCUUCCCUUUUUAAGGAUUCCCCUACUUUUAGGGCUUGACUUCUGGUUGCCUAAUGUCCUAAUCCUCUGGGGUGCUGCAGGCUUUGGGUGUGAGAGGCUUCCCCCCUGUGACCACCUAGCCCCUUGAGCUGAGACCAAGGCAGGAGAAGGAUACAAGGUAGCAGUGGGUGGGGGUGUGAGAGAGUGGGGAGAAAGAUCCCCAAAGAGAGCGCUACCCUCUGAUGCCAGAGGAGCGUACCCUGGAGUGAGCUCACACAGUGGGACCCAGGCCAAUCAGAACAAGCCCCUUUGGGGAGGGGACUUUUAGCUCCUCCCUCCAAUCCAGGCAACCUUGGCAUCACCCUGCGAUCUUAAGGGACCAGGCCUGGGAGAUGGGGUUAGGAGGGGGCAGGGGCUGGGGGACUGCUUCCCUGUCCUUAGCAACCAGUGAGACAUCCCCUUUCCUUUUUUUAAAUCGAGGUAUCGUUGACACACAAUCUUACAUUAGUUUCAGGCAUACAACACAGUGAUUGGACAAGACUUCCCCUUUCCUUUGUAAUUAAUUAGGCUUUAGAAAUAAAAAGCCAAGACUCAAAACUUUGA